AGGAUAUCUCCGUUUAAUGUUGAAUUGAACAUUGAUAAGGAACAUUGAUAUGGUGACCAAUACGUUGCACUCCUGAGUUUGUGUCAUUCAAGCUCAAAUUACUGGCAUCGCCACGUCGCCAAAAUUGACGCAGCAAGGUGCUGCCGUGUCCAUCCAACGUACAACCUAUUCUGCAGCAGCCAUGACGUCUCCAAAUUUGACAGAAGAAGAAACUAAACCAGAUCGGCAGAAGAUUUUAAGCUACGAAUCAUUCCUCGGAUAUGGGAGUUUUGGGAUCAUUUUAAGAGCUCUCCAGCCAUUCGGCCCCCCCAUUGCUGUAAAGUUUAUCUUUCCGUCGGGCACACGAAGGAGUUCACCUCCCCGUGUUACCGGAUAUGAAGUGGUGUUGAGCCUUAGGCAUGCAAAUCUUAUGCAAAUGUACCGGAUAGAUCGACAAAAUUUGACAAAAAAAGAUUUGGAGAAAAUUUUUAGUCACUUUAAAGAAUCUGAGGACUUAUUAUUGCUCAAAGAUAGAGUUAUUGGCACAGCAAUUAGAUGCGAAGAAGUGCCUACCAUUCAAAUUCAGAUGGAACUCUGCGGUAAGACUCUACGCCAUUGGUUGGACGAUGACCGUAAAAAGGACGGACAACUUUCUCCUAUCCAUUUUGAUAUAAUACGAGGUCUCAUCGAGGGAUUAAGCUACUUGCAUGACAGGGACAUUAUCCACAGGGGUCUGGAACCAGCAAGUAUUAUGUUUUCAAAUCCUGAGUCAUCGCUACCAAUAAAAAUAGGAGGUUUUGCACAAUCUACGUUUAUUUACGCUGCGAAUGAGUUUUCACUUGAUAUGUUAUCCAGCCACGUUGGCACAGUACACUACAUGGCUCCGGAAUUACGCUUUGGGGUGUAUACCAAGCAAUCAGAUUUUUUCGCGCUUGGAUUAAUAAUCUGGGAAGUAGUACAGUUUGUAGGACCGAUGGAUUUUGAUAAAUUAGUUUACGACGAAGAGACAAACUUAAUUAAAUUCCAUGGCUCAUUUAGGAAAAUGAUUAUAGGCCUGACGAAGAGGAGGGUUACAGAUAGAUUUAAAGAUUUGACCAGCGUAAGAAAUCUUUAUGCUAUGGGUUCACGUAAUCAAUGCGGUUUGCAAUUAAAUAUUGACUUUGCAUUACCCAAAUUCUGUGAUAGCCAGGAAUCCUUGAUGUGCUUGGACGAUAUGGAAGUAGAUUCGAUUAUUGCAAGCCAUCCAUCCCAUUUCUUUGAGGGGAUUACAAAUAAUAGCAAAUUCGACAUUAUCCUUGGGAGAGGAGCAUUUGGAUUUGUUCUACGGGAUGUUACAAAUGAAGGAGACAAAACCGCUGUGAAAUUUGUAUUCCCUUCUGAAAUUGAUGAGAAACAGCAAGAACAGGUAGCUAGAGAAUUUGAUAUUGCCAGAAUCCUCCCACAACACCCCAAUAUAGUCCGUACAAGGGGCGUUGAAGAACGGUACUUGACCUCGGAAGAACUACAGAAAAUGUUCACCAACAUUCUCAACGAUUCCAUGGAAACACUACUUGUGGAAAACUAUAUUCGAAGGGCGAAGCGAUAUGAAACUAUCAAAGUCGUAUGCAUUCGAAUGGAUCUUUGUGGGGAAAGUUUACGCUCGUGGCUCAGAGUGCGGCACAAUUUGGAUGACCUAAAUAUUCAACAAAUUCAGCAAUUUGAAAUAAUAACUGGAAUCAUCAGAGGGCUAAAGCAUCUCCAUGAGAAUAAAAUCAUGCACCGUGAUAUUAAGCCAGAGAACAUAAUGUUUUCAAAAGUUGGUUUUGUUGUCCCGGUAAAACUUGGGGAUUUCGGAUUAUCUCGCAAGAUAUAUGAUGACGGGACGGAAUCUAAUUCUCUUACGUGCAACGUGGGAGCGAGAAGCUACAUGGCAUCUGAAGUUCGCUCUGGUAUAUAUGAUAAACAGGCAGAUAUCUUUUCUCUGGGGUUGGUUAUGUGGGAAGUUUUGCAGGGGAUUAGUAGGCAUGAUUUUAACAGAUUAGUAUUGGACGGUGAAGAAGAGCUAGUUGAGGACCACCCAAUUAUGGUGGGGAUCAAGCAAAUUAUAAUUUCCUUGACUAAAAGAAAACCUAAAGAUAGAACUAAAACGUUGGAUGAGCUUGACCCUGCUGUCAAAUUUUGGAAGGAAAACAUUAAAAGAACUACCUAUCAUAACAAGUAGGCGAAUGAAUUUUGAUUUUUGCGUUAUUAACUAUAGUUUAUUGUUACUUAAUUUAUAUUAAAAACUUACCGCACAGAGAUGUUUAGAUUCGGUUUAGCAGUAUUUGUUAGAAAACUAUCAAGUUUAUGCAAUUUUGAGCUUAUAUAUAAAAAUGUACGAAAAAUAUUAUGAGUAUUAGUAUUAUAUACGUCAUAGUGUAGUUUGUCUAAAAUUAUGAGAUUAUUUUGUAUCCCUUUAACCAUGCUGACACAUUGUAUUAAAACCUACAGUGCAGACUCCAGCCCGAGUCAGGGACUCUGUCCCUGACUCCCUGAGUCCUAGCUGUUUCUAAAUUUUUCUCCGAA